GAAGCAAAGCAUAUUCCCAUAUAUGAACGUGUACUUACUUGUCCGAUAAAUUCAUUCCUCACCAUUCUUAUUCGUAAAUUGUAAGCGACUUAAUACCCCAUCUUUCUUUUUCAUUGAUAUCGACCUUCUUUCUCCCAUUUUUAAUCUCAUCAAAGCUUUAUGGCAGUAACCCCUCUAAAGAUCAUCGACACAUACUUGGCAGCCGGUCAUGGCGGCCGAUACGGCCACCGUGAGUUACUGGUUGAAUUGGAGGUUCACACUUUGUGCAUUGUUCAUCUUCACCACUAUGGUUGUGUCAGCUGUUAUAAUCUGGAAAUUUGAAGGUAGGAAAAGAUCAGAAGAUGGAGAUAAUAAUAAAGAAGCUCCUGGGAUUUUAUAUGAAGAUGAAGCUUGGAAUACAUGUCUCAGAAGCAUUAACCCUGCUUGGCUACUUUGUUUUAGACUGUUUGCUUUCUUCAUGCUCUUGGCCUUGCUUCUAGCCAAUGUCGCCGUCGAUGGAACCGGCAUAUUUUACUUUUAUACUCAGUGGACAUUUACUUUGGUCACAAUAUACUUUGGGUUUGGAUCUGCAAUUUCCAUUUAUGGAUGUCAAAAGCACUUAGGAAAUGUCGGUGGUGAUAGGACUGAUCAUAUAAGUUCAGAUUUUGAAGGCACCUACACGCCUCCCAUUGUUGGAGAAACCGCAAUUGCGUCCAACCGGUCCAAACAUUUUGAUACGUACCGAUCACCUUAUUAUCCUCCCAGAGCAGGUGCAUGGACUUAUGCCUUUCAAAUCAUGUAUCAGACUUCUGCAGGUGCUGUAAUACUCACUGAUUCGGUGUUUUGGCUCAUUCUUUUUCCGCUCCUGACGGCCAAAGAUUACAGUCUGAAUUUCCUGCUCGUCUGUAUGCACUCGGUCAAUGUCGUUUUUCUUGUUGGUGACACAAUAUUGAAUUGCAUGCCGUUCCCGUUCUUCCGAAUCGGAUACUUUGUUUUAUGGACAGGCACAUUCGUCGUCUUCCAAUGGAUCAUCCAUGCUUGUAUUAACCUCUGGUGGCCAUAUCCAUUCCUUGACUUAUCGUCGUCAUAUGCUCCUUUAUGGUAUAUGGGAGUAGGACUGAUGCACAUCCCAUGCUAUGGCAUCUUUGCUUUGAUGAUUAAACUCAAGGAUUUUGCUAUGUGGUGGACAUCCCCCGAAUCGUUUCGGAAAAGGACGUGAAAAGAGGGAUCGGUGGUCGAAACCCGGGGACGCCGUCCAUUAUCACGAAGCCGGUAACAAUUUAUACCGAAAACAUAAUCGAGUUUGUAUAGAAACCAUUGUCGACAUGGUAAAUACACAAGAUACAUAUCCUUAAACCCUGGCUCAUUGUCCGCUCUCAGGACUCACAUAUGUUAAGAGUAAAUAGAAGGCUGAGAUUUGUGAAGCCGUUGGGUUCUUGUUAGGAAUCUGUUAGUGGUUAGUUACAAUUUGUUGGUGGGUUGUUUUGGUUUUGUUGGUUAGUUAUCAGUAUUUGGGAUAUGAAACAUUGUACUGGGCCUGGUGCCAAACAACUAUUGAAUCCAAUUUGUUUGUUAAUGAGA